GUGUGAUCUUGUCUCUUCCCUUCCGGAAAGAAGAAAUUAGUUCAAAGAUAAUCGCCGAUGCUUUCAAUCUGGUUUCUAUCUAUGGAAAAGGGUUUUAGUCGAUUGGAUUUGCUUCUAGGAAUAUGAAUCUCGACUUUAUUUUGUCUAGACUAUGUAUCUCUCAAUCUAAAUCCCGGCCAACACAAAAGAAAAUCUGAAUUCUGCAUUGCAGCAAAUACGUUCUGAGGAAAGGUUCUUGCUAUGGAGACCGACAGGUUGAAUUCUCCCAGUACAUUUACCAUGACCAUGGAAGUAUUGGGUCAUGAAUUGCGAUUCUAUCAGGAUCCCAAUUCGAAACAUUUAGGAACAACAGUGUGGGAUGCAUCACUGGUGUUCGUCAAGUUUCUGGAGAGGAAUUGUCGAAAAGGAAAAUUUAGCCCUUCUAAACUUAAGGGAAAGCGUGUUGUCGAACUUGGCGCUGGUUGUGGGCUAGCUGGGUUUGGCAUGGCAUUGCUUGGAUGUGAUGUAGUUGCUACAGACCAAAAGGAGGUUUUGCCUAUACUAUCAAGAAAUAUCGAGCGUAAUACACCAAGCUUAGCACAGAUGAAUCCCUCAGAUUCAUUUGGUUCAAUUAGGGCAGCAGAAUUAGACUGGGGGAAUGAAGAUCAUAUCAAGGCUGUAGGCCCACCCUUUGACUUUAUUAUUGGCACUGACGUGGUUUAUGCAGAACAUCUCUUGGAACCACUUUUAAAGACAAUACAUGCAUUAUCAGGUCCCAAAACUACAAUUAUGUUGGGGUAUGAGAUUCGUUCAACAAAUGUUCAUGAGCAAAUGCUCGAGAUGUGGAAAAAGAACUUCGAGGUGAAAACUGUAUCAAAAUCAAAGAUGGACUCCCAGUACCAGCAUCCCAGCAUUCAGCUUUACAUUAUGGUGCUGAAAUCUGCAGCAGAGAACGCAGAGAAAACUCGAGAAAAUGUCGAUCAGGAAAUUGACAGAGUUUUUUUGAGUCAGGAGAUUGACGAAAAGGAUGUAAGUUGCGAUGGAAAGGGAAUCCAGAAGGCGGAUGAGCCCGUUUCGGGACGUGAGGAUCAGAAACUGGGCGACUGGGAAGCUAGAAGAAUAGGCUCUGUGGCUGCUCGGCUUCUGCAAGAUGUAAAAAUUACUUGACCCUUUCUUUCGGAGAUAUCUUUUGCAGUGUUCAUACUUGAACCAAUAGGUUAAAUUCAUAAUAAUAUUAUACCUUGCACUGGUGACAAUAUUUGUUUAU